AUGGCACCAGAACCAGAACAGCUCUCGUCUCUGUCAAACCCGUUGGCUACGGUCGACCAGCUCUCGACCUCCAGCUCCCAACUUGAUGGCGUACCUGCGGAUCUCGAAGGUUCUCUUCGCUUCGCCGGCGCCAAACUCACCCAAGCUGCCGGCAUAUUGCUCCGGCUGCCGCAGGAGAUCAUUGCGCAAGCCAUUGUCAUCUUUUACAGAUUCUAUCUUGGGUCGGAGGGAGGAAGCUUCCGGAUCAAUGCGGUGAAGGAUGUUUCUGCAGCAUCACUAUACAUGACGGCUAAGAUCUCAUUCCUGCCUCAGUCGACUCGCUCGGUAUUGAACGUCUACGCCUAUCUUCUCUCCCCCACCUCUCCUCUACGAAAGCCGUCAGAGGGCAUUACAGGAAAAGAAAAGCCUGAUGCUGAAUCCUACUAUCUUUCGGAAGGAUCCUACCAUUCCGCAAGGGCUACCCUCCUCCAAACAGAGUCCAUCCUCCUGCGGUCAAUCUCAUUCAUCACGCAGGUCACACUGCCCCACCACCUCGCCCUCACAUAUCUCCAAACCCUCGGUGUGCUUCCUCCCAGCCCCACAACCAAGUCGAGUGCCCUGGCAGCCCGCACGCUUGCACAUCUCAACACGGCCUUGUUCUCUCCGCAGCUGCUGUACCUGACACAUCAACCCCCCCAUCUGGCUGUGUCGGCGAUAUACCUUGCGGCGAGGGAGGUGGGAGUCAAGCUACCGAGUAUGGAGUGGUGGGAGGUCUUCGAUGUUGACAGGGAGACGUUGGGCUUUUUGGUUGUGGGUUUGGGAAGCUGCGAGGGAUGGAUUGAGGGUGAGAAGGAAAAAUGGACUGAGAUAAGCUGUCCGUUGACUUUGGAUGAGUUGGAGGAGGAAAUCAGGAGGAGAGAUGUAGAGAAUGGAUGA